AUGAAAAUCGCGCUGAACUCGGCUGCCUUGAUCGCCAUCUCGCCGCGACUGCCCCGCGGCCUUGCCAUAGAAUGCGCAUUCCUCGUGAGGGAGAUGCAGGGGAUGGGGCCUCGUGAACAUUAUGAUUUCAAGGGUGUGCCAGAAACAGUCAAGCCUCAGCCCGAAGCUCUCUCGACUGAGUUUGUGUCCUUGGUGUUCUUCGCCGCGCCACUGAUGAAAAUUCAGCGCCGUGUUCUUGCCGUGGAGGAGCCUCAGGGACGGGAGGGUGGUGCUUUUGUGGCUAAGCAGACAUCAGCUCAUGACGGUUAUGCAGCUGAAUCCGUGGCUUUCUUCCGCGGCUACCGGUACGAGCGGGAGUGUUCUGAAGCAGUGCUUGACCACGUCAUCUGGUCGAGCUACAAGUUUGCCGGCAUCGAGAUGAUCUACAAGAUGCUCACCGGCGUAGUGCAAGCCGGCUUUAGCCUGAUGCCGAUGCUCAUCGUGGCACCACUGUACUUUGAGGACAAGGUCUCCUUCGGCACCAUCAACCAGAGCCAGCUCCUCUUCCAGACCCUCUUGAGUGGCAUGAUGGACCUGGGCAAGGAGCUGAACGACAUUGCCAAGCUGGGCGCCGAGUCGAUUCGCGUGAAGGAACUCUGGGAAGCCCUCGAAUCCAUAGAGAAGGACGAGGUGACGAAGACCCAGAGCCACGAUAAGGAUGACAUCGCGAGCACAACAGCAGGCUCGAGUGAUGAUGUAAGCGGCAACGAGUCCGUCUCCAACUCAGAUGUCGAGAGGCCCGUCGACUCUGGCGGUGAGGUCCUUGAAGAACUGGAGCUGCAUGAGCACGACCCGGAGUCGACAAACGUUCGGCUUCAGCUUGCGAACGUGACGCUCUAUGCGCCUUUGUCAAGCAGCCCACUUAUCUCCAACCUUACGCUGACGUUGAAGCAAGGUCAGUCGUUGCUUAUCGAAGGCCCGAGCGGUAGUGGCAAGUCUUCGCUGCUCCGAGCGAUAGCAGGAUUGUGUCACCGGGGGUUUGGCGCCAUCCAUAGAGCGCCGAUAGGAAGGUGUUUCUUUCUUCCACAGACGCCGUACCUCUGUAUUGGCAGCCUUCGUGAUAAUGUUCUCUAUCCAAACAUGCGGCGCGACCGGGAGGUCCCCAAUGAGCGCAUCCAGAGCAUCAUGCGAGACCUGGGCAUCGACCAUCUGAUAGAACGCCACGGCCUCGAUGAGCGGCUGGACUUCCAGGGGAUUCUGUCAGGUGGCGAGAAGCAGCGUCUAAGCUUUGCACGCUUAUUGCUCCAGCCGAAUGUUCAGCUGGCGCUGCUGGAUGAGGCCACGUCAGCCCUCGACGAAGAAAACGAGCGUAUUGCUUACAACUUGCUGCGUGAUCAUGUUCAGUGCUUCGUCUCCGUGGGGCACCGGCCGUGCCUGGCAAGGUCUCACAGCCUGCGCCUGCACCUCAACAGGCUGGAUGAUUCCCUUGGAUGCGAAGGCAUCGUUACCACAAUCGCUCCGGCCUCUCCUACUCGAGAGUGGUCUACUCGAGAGUGGUCCCCGGAGUCGACGCACAAGAUCUGA